AUGGAUAGAAAUAUGAGAUCAAGUUAUGUAAGCAGUGGUACUAGAUCUUUGCCACACAUGAGUGGUGGAAAACGGCAAAAUUCCAAUGGUCACAAUGGAGCGAGACUAAGCCCACCUGCUCAGCACCCAACUGGGCCUUUGCACAACAAUAACAACAAUCAUGAUGAUCUCAUUAAUUAUAUUUAUGAAUCUUGGAAUAAGGUCACACGAGAAUUAGAACGCGGUAGUGACGACGCCAAAUAUUACCAAGAAGUUUUGGCGCCACGACAGUUGGCGAAUUUCAGACCCUUUAAUCUUGAAGAAUGGUGGGGACGUCGGCUUGUUCAGACUCUUAAUCGCAAUAAGCACCGAUCUUAG